AACAGGAGCAGACUUGCAAAGGAGGAUAAAGCCCGGACGUGGAGGGCUCGAGAAAGGGAAGGGCAAGAGCACUCCCUCAACCCAGAAGACCCCCAGAUCAAGAGACCACCCAGGCUACAAUCAACUCCGAUGGCGCUUUUAAUCACCCCAGCAGGAAUGGCGACUGUAAACAGACAUUCAACGACUUCCAGAGACACACACACCUCCCGGGCAAAACUGUGUUUCCAUAAACCUUGUAGAAAUGACUCGGAGAGCUGGCUGAGUGAGGGCCGCCUGGACACCAGUGUGCAGGCACCGAGUCCUCAGCACCGCCACACUCAGCCGUCCUGCGAGCCCCAGACCCUGGAACACUCCAGCUGCCUCUCCACUUGUCUAGUGGGAUGUUUCCUCCCAGUGCCCCCAUUACCCCACACCCCCGGUAGUCCCCCAACACUUGCUCUGCUGAUGGGUGCAUUCUCCCCAAGUCUGGCUGUGAAGCCAUCCUGGUUGCCUCGGUUUCCCCUGCUGGCCAGGCAGUCACCAGCCUCAGUGGGAAUGCCACUCUUUGCCACCACCCGGCCUGGCUCAGUGGGAUGCCUGCACCUCCCCACGUUGCACUCCUCCAGCCCAUUCUCUGGACACUCGGAUGAGAACAAGGCUACUGGUCAGGGGUGUGAGGGCAGGGAUCAGCCUCAGAGACCAUCCCAUCUCUGUGAGUGUCCUGCAGCUGCCAAGCAAAGUGCCACCAAAGGGGCAGCUGAGACCAACAGAAAGGUAUUCCCUCUUGGUUCUCAGGCCAGAAACCCGAGCUCAAGGCGUCAGGAGAGCCAGCCCUCCUCUGUCAGCUCCACAAGAGAAUCCGUUUCUCGCUUUCCCAGCUUCUGGUGUUGCUGGCAACCAUUGGCAUUCUUGACUUGUGGCUGCACUGCUCCCAUCCCUGCCCCCGGAGUCACGUGGCCUUCUCCCUGGCCUUGCUGUGUGUCCCCUCCUCUUAUAAGACUCCAGUUACUGGGUUUAGGGUCCAUACAAAUCUAGUAGGACCUCACCUUGACUUAAUCACAUCUGCAAAGGUCCUUCUUCCAAAUAAGGUCACGUUGCCCAUUUCUGGGUAGAUGUAAGUUUAGGGGGGCCGCUAUGUAGCCCAGUGCCAUCCUCCUACAGACCUCAGGAUGGCUGAGGAAUCCAGUCUCAGCUGAGAUGCAUCAGGCUGCUUAGGAUCAGAGCCUGGACCACACUGAGCACUCACAUUCUCUCCUGAUAUUCUUUCAAGCAUGCCAGUAACGUCUGUUCCUGGAAACCCCAGGUCAAUCCCCACCACCAGUGCUCCUGCUGCCUGGAGAAGAAAAUGCUCCAGACCCCUCCUUCCCAGCCUGCUGGGUUCCCUCCAACCCAGGCCCAGCCCCCUUCUCCAGGGAUUGAUAAGACGCCAUUUCCAGAUAUAUUGUUAAGCGGCAAAAGCAGGCAGCAGUACGCAGUGACCCGUCUUGUGCGUAAUAAAGUGUAAAAAUAUGCAUAUGU